AUGGACUACGGUGAGAUCAUCACCGCAUUGCAGCAUGUCGUCUCGUGCGCGGGCAGCUUGCGCCUGGCCAACUGUGUCGGAGCCGACCGGGCGCAGUCCUUUGAAUGUCAGGCGCAGGAGGCCCUGGAGCUGCUUCGUCCUGGCGCCAGCACCGGCGUCACCAUACCACAGGCCACAGCGCUGCUGUGCCAGCUGGCCCUGGACUGCAUAGGACUGACCAACGCGGUGGAUCUGCAGCUCGCCUCGCAGAUGACCGAAUGCUUCGACCAGAGUCUGGUUGUGUGGGGCUUCAGCGUCGAGCUGGCGCAGGCGAUUGCCAUGAGCCUGGCAGCAGUGGCGGGGCUGCUCUCCUUGGGCAACCAUGACAUGAGCAUCCCGAGCCACCGCUAUGCGAAGCGCGCCCAGAUCGCACCGUAUCUUGAACCCGUGGCUGCGGAUUUCGACAUGAUCUCCAUGCAGGUCUACGGGGCACUCUGCCGCUUUGAGACCGAAGCAAGCUGCAGUGGGGAGGAAGAGAGGCAGCUGCAAAGAUCCUUUCAGCUGAUCUGCAUUUGGAUCCUCACGAUCCUGUCCCGCUUCGAGGGCUCCGGGCCCUUGCAGACGGGGAGCCUCUGGGAGUGGGCGAACGGCGACCCCCACUGGGCCCUGGCCUUGGCAAAGGGCGUCCUCGGCUUCUCCGAGGAGGCUGGCAGCGAUGUCCUUCCCAGAGAGCUGCCAGAGCUGAAAAAUGCGGUGCUGCUGGCGCUUUGUGGCCUGGGCUCCCCGGACAUUGCCUUUGGCGGAGAGCUGGAGGCUGAUGUCAUCGCCGAUGACUUGGGCGUGAUUGGGUGCUUCUCCAUGCAAGAGCGCCUUGUUGGCCUUGAUUUGCACCGGAGCCGGCUGGCCUUGGCCGCCUGUGAUGCUUCACUGCUUCAGCCACUCCUGGCCCACGUCACGACGUCGUCCAAGCAAGGUGAGUGCACCAAAGCCGUGGUGUCCUUCCUCACAGCACUGGCAAAGCCGGUGCAAAGCCAAGCCAGCGCUUGGGCAGAGGUCAUCGCAGAGGCGGACACGGACACUGGCAUCCGAAAUCAGACUGAUGCCGCUGGAGUCAUCGAUGCCUUUGUUGCAGAAGCAUCUGGCUAUGACCGAAGCCUUUGGGGCUUGGUGUUCUCCCUCGCUCCGGAGGAGCUGGACGCAAGGUGUUUGGGCGAGGUCGCCCUCCUCGCGGCCCUGGUCCCUCCGCCUGCUUUGGAGGCCUCUGGGGCGCUGGUCGCCUGGACGCAGACCACACAGGCUGUGAGAAUGGCUGCCGAGAGUGCUGGCGUUCCUCCCUCUCCAGCCUUUCCUUCUGCGUCGCUGGCCGCCCUGGUGGCCUUGGCGGCGGCUGCUGGUCUGGAGCCACCCCUGGAGCCUUUGGGCACCGGUGGCACUGGUGCAACUUGGGACGACCCGGAGGAAGCGUCUGGAAGCAGGGAACUCUGGGCUGCGCUCAGUGCCUUGAGCGCCAAGGAGAGCUCGCAGGUCGCCCAGCACCUCGCACGGUCCCGUGCUCCCGUACGACGGCCGGAGACAUGGGAGCGCUGGUACAGCCGCAUCGGCGUGCCCGCCGCGCCUUCGGUGCCUUCCGCGCCUUCUGCGCCUUCUGCGACCCCUGCGCCGCCGAUGCUGCCGGAGCCGCCGGAGCCGCCGGAGCCCGCUGCGGUCCCGGAUCCGACCGCACCACCCGCAGCUCCCGCCGCUCCGUCUCGUCCCCAGCCGCCCCAGCCCAGAGCAGCGAGCCUCAGGGAACGUUUGCGUGAUGCACCGGCAGAGCUUUGCUGUGCGGUGGAUGGAAAGCUGCUUGUGGAUCCAGUGCGCUCGCCAGCCGGCCACGUCUUUGAGAGGACGAACCUGGUGACAGCUUUGCAGAGUACGGGCGGCCUCUGUCCACUGACCUCUCAGCCUUUGUCAUUGGCCGACUGCCCGCGUGCAGCGGAUCUCCGCCUCCAAGCAACGCAGUGGGUGCGGAAUCUUGGCCGCGGUCGAGUCUGA